AUGGUUGGCGGAGGAGGAGGCUCAGCCGGCUUCGAUGCUGCGCUAGAGCGACGACAAGCCCUCAUGGGCGCCAGUGGCCCUGCGGCUCUGGUCAAGAACUUCAAGGUUUUCAGCAUCGCCUUGUUUGCUUGCUUAGGAGGUGUCUUGUAUGGAUACAACCAGGGCAUGUUCAGUGGCAUUCUGGCUAUGCCAUCUUUCGGUAAACAGACCGACGGCUACAUCGACAACCCGACACAGAAGGGAUGGCUUACUGCUAUUCUUGAACUUGGAGCCUGGUUCGGAGCACUCUUUUCCGGUUUCGUGGCCGAAGUCCUGUCACGAAAGUACGGUAUCCUGUGCGCAACUGGCGUCUUCAUCGUCGGUGUUGUCGUCCAAAUUACAGCCAUUGCUGGUGGUCACAAUGAGAUUCUCGCGGGCCGCUUCAUCACAGGAAUUGGUGUGGGCAGUCUUUCAGUCAUCGUCCCUAUGUACAACAGCGAGUGUGCCCCUCCGGAAGUUCGUGGUGCUCUCGUGGCUCUUCAGCAGCUCGCUAUUACCUUUGGUAUCAUGAUCAGUUUCUGGAUCAACUACGGAACCAACUACAUUGGCGGAACUACUCUCGAGACGCAGUCCAACGCAGCGUGGCUUGUGCCCAUCUGCCUCCAGUUGCUCCCCGCUUUCAUCCUCCUCAUUGGCAUGAUUUGGAUGCCGUUCUCGCCCCGUUGGCUGAUGCACCAUGGCCGUGAAGAAGAGGCUCGUUCCAACCUGGCCAGUCUGCGCAACCUUCCUGCGGACCAUGAGCUUAUUGAGCUUGAAUUCCUCGAGAUCAAGGCCCAGUCAAUGUUUGAGAAGCGCAGUCUUGCAGAGGCAUUUCCUCACCUCCAAGAGCAGACCGCAUGGAACAGCUUCAAGCUUCAAUUUGUCGCAAUCGGUGCACUGUUCAAGACCAAGGCCAUGUUCAAGCGUGUUAUUGUGGCAACCGUUACUAUGUUCUUCCAGCAGUGGUCUGGAAUCAAUGCGGUUCUUUACUACGCUCCCCAAAUCUUCGCGCAGCUUGGCUUGACAGGCAACACCACCUCCCUUCUCGCGACCGGAGUGGUCGGUAUUGUCAUGUUCAUCGCCACAAUCCCAGCCGUGCUCUACAUUGACCGCCUCGGUCGUAAACCCGUGCUCGCAGUCGGAGCUCUGGGUAUGGGUUUCUGUCAUCUGGUCAUCGCCGUCAUUCUCGCCAAGAACAUUGGUCGCUUCGCCGAGGAGAAGUCCGCAGGUUGGGCAGCCGUAGUGAUGGUCUGGCUCUUCGUCAUCAACUUUGGAUACUCCUGGGGUCCAUGCGCCUGGAUUCUCAUCGCCGAGAUCUGGCCUCUCUCAACUCGCCCAUAUGGAACGGCCCUUGGAGGAUCGUCCAACUGGAUGAACAACUUCAUCAUUGGUCAGAUCACUCCUGAUCUCCUUGAAAGGAUCACGUACGGAACUUACAUCCUGUUCGGUCUCAUUAUCAGUCUCGGUGCUGUUUUCAUCUGGUUCUUCGUACCGGAGACUAAGCGUCUCACAUUGGAAGAGAUGGACACUAUCUUUGGCUCUGAAGGCACUGCGCUCAAGGACCAGGAGAGAAUGGCGGAGAUCAAUGCCGAAAUUGGCCUUGCCCAGUUGACCGGUGCGGCGCCGCCUAGUUACCAGGACACCAAGAUUGUUGGAGACGAGAAAGAGGCUGUGCAAGUCUAA